CAUCCAACAACCUCCAACAACCACUCGCCAUCAACACCACCACCACCACCACCACCACAAUUAGGGUUCCCAUCCCCAAAUGGAACCCCAAUCGCUCGUUCUUCCACACAUGGAAACCGAAGUCGAAGACCCUUGGGACCUUACUUCCCUUCUCGACUUCAAUCUAGACGAUGAAAUUCCUAUCUCCUUUGACCUUGACAAAAAUUCACAACUUCCUCUUCCCGAAUCGUUGGACCUUCCCUCUAACUCUAACCUUCAGCUUCACCUUCCGGAGAUUCCGACCAAUGAUAAGGUCCGAAAGCGCGACCCGAGGCUCGCCUGCUCCAACUUUCUCGCGGGUCGGGUUCCAUGUGCCUGCCCCGAGAUGGACGCCAAGCUCGAAGAAGAGGAGAAUAGUUUGCCAGGAAAGAAACGCGCUCGGUCCGCGCGUGCAUCUGCAUCUGCACGCUGCCAGGUGCCUGGGUGUGAGGCCGAUAUCACCGAGCUCAAGGGCUAUCACCGGAGGCAUAAGGUUUGUUUGCGCUGCGCUAAUGCCACUACCGUUCUCCUUCACGGGGAAUCCAAGAGAUACUGUCAACAGUGUGGAAAGUUUCACGUAUUAUCGGAUUUUGAUGAAGGGAAACGCAGCUGUAGAAGAAAAUUAGAGUGGCAUAACACCCGAAGGCGAAGAAAGCCUGCGAAUUCCAGAUCUGCUGCUGAUCGUGAACGUCAAUCUGUUACUCAAAAUGAUGAUUCCAAUUAUGAUGGGGAAGCAAGACAAGAUAGUUCAAAUUUGAGUAGCGGUAUAAACGAAAAAGGGGCGUCAUCGGAUCAUGAAGAUGAACCGGUUGCCAUUCUGUGCUCGGCUCCAGAUUCUCAGAAUAUUAAUAAUGAUGGUGUUGUAUCUUUUGUUGCUUCUGGUGAAACACAAGUAAAUAGUGGAAAAGAUGUUUCCAAUAUUUCUAAUUCUCCCUCAUAUUGUGACAAUAAGAGUGCUUACUCAUCUAUGUGCCAAACAGGUCGGAUUUCUUUUAAGCUUUAUGAUUGGAAUCCUGCUGAAUUUCCUAGAAGGCUACGGCACCAAAUAUUCCAAUGGUUGGCAAGUAUGCCUAUAGAGCUGGAGGGAUAUAUCCGUCCUGGGUGUACUAUAUUGACAAUUUUUAUAGCAAUGCCAAAAAUUAUGUGGAUAAAUUUACUCAAAGACCCUCGGUGCUAUGUCUGUGAUCUUGUUGCUCCUGGAAAGAUGCUAUCUGGAAGAGGCACCAUACUGGUUCAUCUGAAUGACAUGAUCUAUCAGGUUACAAAAGAUGGGACUUCUGUGAUGAAAGUCGAGGUAAACAUGCAGGCACCAAGGCUUCAGUAUGUUCAUCCCACUUGCUUUGAGGCUGGCAAACCUAUGGAGUUUGUUGCUUGUGGAAGGAACUUGCUGCAGCCUAAGUUUCGGCUUCUUGUAUCUUUUUCUGGAAAGUAUCUGAAGUACGAGUAUUGUGUUCCAUCUCCACACAACUCAAAUGGAGACAAUAUUUCUUGUGCUUUUGACAAUCAGUUAUACAAGAUAUAUGUCCCUCAUACAGAGGAAAGUCUCUUUGGGCCUGCAUUUAUUGAGGUGGAGAAUGAGUCUGGUUUAUCAAACUUUAUUCCUGUACUCAUUGGUGACAAAGAAAUUUGUGCUGAAAUGAAGAUGUUGCAGCAAAAAUUAGAUGUAUCUCUCCUUUCUAAACAAUUUCAAUCUGCAUCUGGUGGUUCAAUCUGCAGCUCAUGUGAAGCUUUUGCACUUAGACACACAUUAUCAUCAGACUUACUUGUAGAUAUAGCAUGGUUGCUUAAGGACCCUACUUCAGAAAAUUUUGACAGAGUGAUGACAGAUUCACAAAUUCAAAGAUAUUGUUAUUUGUUGGACUUUCUAAUAUGCAAUGAUUCAACAAUCAUUUUGGGAAAAAUAUUACCAAAUUUGAUAGUCUUGACAGAAAGCAUGAAAUCAGAUAUUGUGAUUAAUAGGACGAGUGAUGUUGACAUGACACCACUACUGAAAUGCAUGCAUAAUGCUAGAGAUGCCAUGUAUCAGAAACAUCAGAAAGGUGGAGGUUCCAUUUUGCACUCUGAAAUGGACGGUGUUAAACUUACUCGGAGCUGCUCCCAUGAUAAUAUGUCAUCAGUUGUUGCAGUUAACAGUCAGGGUACCCUGUCGAGAGCAGAUUUAAAGUUGCUGACAAGUCCAACUUCAAAUGACAAAAAUGAAAGGAUACCACUUUUGAAGAGGGAGAUUAUAAUGAAUGUGGAAGAGUUGCCUAAAAGAUGUGACCGUCGAUAUCUUGCCAGGGGAUUCCUUAGCUCUCAACGGCCAGCUAUUUUUGUGAUUGUUUCGGUUGCUGUUUGUCUUGGGGUAUGUGUAGCCGUCCUUCAUCAUGGGAGGGUAAGUGAGUUAGCAGUAUCCAUUAGACGGUGCUUGUUUAAUUAUUAGUAGAUGUUUCAAAUUUUUGGACUUAUUUUCUAGUUGGUACAUAUUAUUUGUAACAUUAAAUAAACAGAUGUUAUUAGGAUGAUUAGUUUAUUACAUUGGAAGCUUGAUCCAAGGUUGCUAAUUUGUGCAUUACCAAUUCAAUUGGAUGUUCCAAGAGGACCAAC